GUCAAGAUGCGUUGUUACCUGGCCCUGGCAGCACUGCUGCUGGCCUUUAGCCUUACCCAGGCUCAGUAUGAAUACCUGGUGCCACAGCGUACGAUCAACCAACAGUUUGGGGAUGUAGUGGAGCAACUGGUGGAGGAGCCACUCUCCGAUGUGAAAGCACGUCCUUCGCGCUACGGCAACACCUGCACCACCAAGGCCAAUUGCUUCUGCGGCACGCCGAAUGUCAAUCGCAUUGUAGGCGGCCAGAGGGUGCGUAGCAACAAAUAUCCUUGGACCGCCCAGCUGGUCAAGGGUCGUUACUAUGCUCGUCUCUUCUGCGGUGGCUCGCUGAUCAAUGAUCGCUAUGUGCUGACCGCGGCUCAUUGCGUGCACGGCAACAAGGAUCAGAUCACGGUGCGUCUGCUGCAGCUGGACAGAUCAUCGUCUGAUCCAGGUAUUGUGCGCAAGGUGGUGCGCACCACCAUUCAUCCCAAAUACGAUCCCGUUCGCAUUGUCAACGAUGUGGCGCUGCUGCGACUCGAGUCGCCAGUUCCGCUCACUGGCAACAUGCGUCCCGUGUGUCUGCCCGAUGUCAACCACAACUUUGAUGGCAAAACUGCCACUGUCGCUGGCUGGGGCCUGGUCAAGGAAGGCGGCAGCACUAGCAACUAUCUGCAGGAGGUGAGCGUGCCAAUUAUCACCAACCAGCAGUGCCGCACCACACGCUACAAGGACAAGAUUGCCGAUGUGAUGCUCUGCGCUGGCCUGGUCAGUUCCGGUGGCAAGGACGCCUGCCAGGGCGACAGCGGCGGUCCACUGAUUGUUAACGAGGGCCGUUACAAGCUCGCUGGAGUUGUGUCCUUUGGCUACGGCUGUGCCCAGCCCAAUGCGCCUGGCGUCUAUGCCAGAGUCAGCAAAUUCGUCGACUGGAUCAGAAAGAACAGCGCCGAUGGCUGCUAUUGCCAGAGCUAA